AUGUCGGAGGAAAGGGUGAAGAUACUUGUGCUUGGUCCGAGCAGGUCGGGGAAGUCCACCAUCGCGAACUUCCUCGCCGGUCUCCGCGAGACGCCAACGAAGGGGUACUAUGAGACCCAACCCCUUCGUAUCCUUGAGGUGGAGAUCGGCCUCGAUAAUCUCAAGGUGGGCGGCCGCCAUGUCGUGGGGCCAAAGAAGGCCAUCGUGCAGUUGUGGGAUCUCGGCGGCAGCAGCAAACAUCAGGCAGGGUGGCAGGCUGUGGCGGCUAACGCGGAUGGCAUUAUUUACGUUUUUAAUCCCGAAGUACGGGGGGCGGAGAAGGAACUCGUUCUGUGGCACAAGAACUUUGCUCUCGACCAGGACAAACUGGACGAAAGGAACAACUUCAAGGUGCGUGUGCCGGACAAGCACUCCCUGGUCUUCUCUCAUCACUCUUCCAUGCCGGAAUUGGCCGUUGGUGAUAAUGCGAUCCCUUCGCUGCCCAAACAGCUGAGGGGGGUGCGCGCCAUUGAGACAUCAUUGGAUUACCAGAGCGGCAACUUCAAGGAGGCAUUUGAUGCCAUGGUGGAGCAGAUUGUUGUGUCACGCAUAGUAGCAGAGGAGGAUGAGAUUUUGCAAAAGGAGCGUGAGGCUGGAGAUGCACCUCGGAUGGUGCGUUGA